AAACAGAUAAAAACAUAUUAUUAAUAUGUUUUUUUAAACAAACAAAAAUUGGCAGAUUAUAGAACUGGCUAAAGUGGCAAGACAACGCUGCCUUCGAAUGUAAUACCGCAGAUAUGUUACCGAUAACUCGUGCUUCAGUGGACAACUUCUGCAUUGUUUGCUUGCAAGAUUUACAGAAAACCGGAGACACAAAACACCUGUAUCAUAAUUUAAAACAUGAGCCACAGUUAUUAAGCGUCUUUAAUGCAAUGGCAUAUGGAGUAGAAGAAAAGGGAACGUUAAUAAACUUGCCGCAACAAUUGUGUCAUUCCUGUUACACAAAAGUUUUUAUGUUUUGCAAAUUCGCUGAAAUGUCCAUUUGCAGCAGCAUCGCAUUAGACGAAUUGACGGAAGAGGAGCACAAAGCAAUUAAUAAGGUCAACUUAAAAAGGAUUUGUGCGACAUGUUUUAAGUUGAAGGCAGACAAUGCUAAAUCCUCUUUUCUAAAUGAAUCGGAGCUACAGGAUUUGUUGGCACUUAUAUUUACGGGAAUGGACAAACAGAAACUAAGUUUAAAGUCAGUGCAACCCAAAAACGUAUGUGAGCUUUGCUCUCAAAAAUCAAAAACUUUUCUGGAAUUUCAAAGGCGAUUAAGGGAAAGUCAACUAUAUUUUAAAUCCAUAUUGUCAAAUGCAGACGAUUUAUCAGAGCACAAGUCAAGUUGCAAGAUUGUUGAGAAACAAGCAAUUGAUAAGAGUUCCAGCAGCACAACAGAACAGAAAGAAAUAGUUGGCUACGAUAGUGAGCCUGAAAUUGAUCAUUUAAUAUUGAAUCCAAACAAUGAAAAGGGGGAUCCCUUUGAGUUGAGUGAUAAAAAUUCAUGGAACUCAAUUUUAAGUAAUGACAAAAUCGUAGACCCUUCAUUUCGUCGCUGCGAGAAAUGCAGUCGAACAUUUCGCAAAUUAUCCUCAUUUAAAGAACACAAGUGUCGAGUUCAAUGCAUUGAUGGAUCCACAGAUAUAAUCAAUGAAGACCAGGAUUUAUUUACCUGUGACAUUUGCCAUAAGAAUUACAAGUCAGAAGCUCUGUUGAAAACUCACGCUUAUCGAGUACAUUGCAAAGCAGAUAAUACAUGUCCAUAUUGUCAACGAGAGUUCAAGCAAAAGCACCAUCUGAAAGAUCACGUGAGAUCGGUACAUGAAGGCAUACGACCCUAUAAAUGUAGUUACUGUGAAAAGUCAUUUGGAUUACCCAAAACAUUGCGGGUACAUCUAAUGGGACACACGAACGAACGUCCAUUCCAAUGUGAUAUUUGUGAGAAAACAUUUCGUCAAAAGGCAGAAUUGAAUCGUCAUAUAAAGAACCAUUCGGCAGAUAUACAGUUUCGAUGUCCGGUUUGUUCCCAAGGCAAGACAAGCCAAGAGGAACUGGAUGAGCACUUGACCCGACACAAUAAUCGGGAGGGUUACCAAUGCAGCAAGUGUGGACGUAAAUUUACCAAGCUGUGUCACUUGAAAAAUCAUGACGAUGCAGUGCAUCUCAAGUUGCGUCCAUUUAAAUGUGACUACAACGAUUGCGGUAAGGCAUUUGCCGCCCGCAAAACUCUUCAAAUACAUCAGCUAACACACAGUGGCGACUGUACAAGUAUUUGCAAUGUUUGUCAUAAAGAGUUUAGCUGUAAAGCAAAUCUUUUAAGGCAUUUCUACAUGCACAAAACGACGAUUAAACAAGAAGCUGUUGCGUGAAUCGAAAAACAUUAAAACGGAACCAAUGACCGAAACUAACCGUUUAAUAUUUAGUACUGGAAUCGGAACCGAAAUCAAUUAUUUUUCAAGAACUGAAAGCGUUUCGGUACAUUUUUUUUUUAAAUAAUUUUUUAUUU